AAACAUUUUUCUUAAUAAACAUAAAAAAAAUCAAAACGACGUAGUAUCUCCACCAUUUUCAUGCCUGAAACUACCUCCCAAAUCGAGCUCAGGUUUUUGACUUCCGUGUGACCAGUGACAAUGGCGUUUGCUAUUUCCACUCCAACGUCGUCUUUGCUGAAUUCCUCUUCUUCUUCCGCUGGUGUGAAAACCUCAUCCUUCUGUUCAUUAUCGAAUUCCGCAAUUCAAAUCCCUAGAAUUACAAUUUUUCAUCACAGUAAAUGCAUUUCCCAAUUGGGCUGUGCUUCCUUUUCUCAGUGGAGUGGACUUAAGCUCGUCGGCAUCUCAACUUCACAAUACUUAGUAAAAUUGGAAAAGAAGGGAAAAUGUAAAGGUAAAGGAGUGUAUGCUUCUUUAUUUGGAGUAGGGGCACCGGAGGUACUGGUAAUCGGGGUCGUAGCUUUGUUAGUUUUCGGACCAAAAGGUCUUGCUGAGGUUGCUCGUAACUUGGGACAAACUUUACGUGCUUUCCAACCUACAAUAAGAGAACUUCAGGAAGUUUCGAGGGAAUUCAAGAGUACCCUUGAGCGUGAAAUUGGUCUUGAUGAUAUUGACAAACCAUUGCCGAAAAGUUCCGGUCCCAACACAACUAAACCUACAUCAGAGGCUGCACUAGAGAAUUUGGGGACGAAUAUUGAACCCAAUGGUUCUUCCUCUGAAAAUGUAGAAGACCCGAGUGAUAAGUACUUAAAUGUGAAGGCUGACCGAUUUAGAGGAGCACUUGCCCAGCUGCAGAAAGAGCAAGAAGAGGAGGAGAGAGAGAAAGCUCAACUUCUGGAGGAAACGGAACUGAAAUCAGAGUCGCAAACUCCCUCUUCUCAAGAUACCCCUCAAGCUACAGAAGUUGAUACUCAAGAAGCUUCGUCAGUGACAAAAUCUCCCUCUGAGAAUCUUGACAAGAAUGAUGCACUUCAAGAAGCUGCUUCGGUAGCAUCUGUGGGCCCACCUCCAACCACAGAAACCCAAAUUUGAAACUCCAAAGCAAUUUUUUCGGUACGAGAAAAGACGAGGUAUGUGUUGUAGUGCGAUAGCCAUUUGAAAUGCCGGCAAUGAGUUGGAGCUGGAAGCGUUUUUUUGACAUUUAUUCUCCGGUUCGAGUAAUAUUAUUUGUAUUUUGUACUUCAAUAAAUCUGAGUGUGAAAAUUGUUAAUUGCUUCUACUGUUACGUACCACGAAUGAUCAUAGCCAAUAAACGAUUGUGUUUGCGUUCGAUUACUCGGCAAUCGUUGCAUUAUCGUAGACAAUAGUAUCGUAGUCGCCUUUAUUUUGA